CCUUGUUUUUCUCUUUUCAGGACUCUCUUCCUAGAACCAUACAAGAACAGAGGAAUCAUGUCCAUGAUCGCAGCUUUCUACAGCAACAAAUCUAUCCUCAUCACGGGGGCCACAGGCUUCCUAGGCAAGGUGCUCAUGGAGAAGUUAUUCCGUACCAGCCCCCAGUUGAAAGUCAUUUACAUCCUCGUGAGACCCAAGUCUGGACAGACACUGCAGGAGAGGGUUUUCCAGAUCCUCAACAGUAAGCUGUUUGAGAGAGUCAAAGAAGUUUGUCCAAAUGUGCACGAGAAGAUCAGACCCAUCUCUGCGGACCUCAACCAGCGUGACUUUGCCAUCAGCAAGGAAGACAUGCAAGAACUUCUGUCCUGCACCAAUAUUGUCUUUCACUGUGCGGCCACAGUGCGCUUUGAUGCACAUCUGAGAGAAGCUGUGCAGUUGAACGUCACUGCCACCCAGCAGCUCCUGCUAAUGGCCAGCCAGAUGCCAAAGCUGGAAGCCUUCAUCCACAUCUCCACUGCCUUUUCUAACUGCAACCUGAGCCACAUCGAUGAAGUCAUCUACCCAUGCCCUGUGGAGCCAAGAAAGAUCAUUGACUCCAUGGAGUGGUUAGAUGACUCUAUCAUUGAAGAGAUCACUCCCAAGCUGAUUGGGGACCGGCCCAACACCUACACGUACACCAAAGCCUUGGGAGAGGUCGUAGUGCAGCAAGAAAGCGGAAACUUGAACGUGGCCAUUGUCAGGCCCUCCAUAGUGGGAGCAACCUGGCAGGAGCCUUUCCCGGGUUGGGUUGAUAAUUUAAAUGGACCCAGUGGACUCAUUAUUGCGACUGGGAAAGGAUUUCUUCGGUCCAUAAAAGCGACUCCCAUGGCAGUGGCAGAUGUGAUUCCAGUUGACACAGUUGUUAAUCUCACCAUAGCAGUAGGAUGGUACACUGCAGUUCAUAGGCCUAAGUCAACAUUAAUCUACCAUUCCACAUCUGGUAAUCUCAAUCCCUGUAACUGGUAUGAAAUGGGAUUACAGGUCUUGGCGACCAUCGAAAAGAUCCCAUUUGAGAGUGCUUUCAGAAGGCCAAAUGCCGACUUUACCACCAACAAUUUCUCCAUCCAGUACUGGAACGCCGUCAGCCACUGGGCCCCAGCCAUCAUCUAUGACUUCUAUCUGAGGCUUACUGGACGGAAACCCAGGAUGCUGAAGCUCAUGAACCGGCUGCUGAAAACCAUUUCCAUGCUGGAGUAUUUCAUCAACCACAGUUGGGAAUGGAGCACAAACAACACGGAGAUGCUUCUGUCAGAGCUCAGUCCUGAAGACCAGAGAGUAUUCAACUUUGAUGUGCGUCAGUUGAACUGGCUUGAAUACAUUGAGAAUUAUGUUUUGGGGGUUAAGAAGUAUCUACUGAAAGAGGAUCUGGCUGGUAUUCCCAAAGCAAAGCAACACCUAAGAAGGCUCCGGAACAUUCACUACCUCUUUAACACUGCCCUGUUUCUUAUCAUCUGGCGCCUCCUCAUCGCAAGGUCUCAGAUGGCUCGGAACAUCUGGUUCUUCAUUGUGAGCUUUUGUUACAAGUUCAUCUCCUACUUCAGGGCCUCCAGCACACUCAAGGUCUAAGAACAUUACACCAGCCCAUCAUCUGGAACCUCAGAUACCUCUAAGACAGUAAACUGGGUCUUAAGCUAGAAAGUAACAAGAAGCACACCCAAGCUUCCAGUCGAAGUUGCCAUUUCAUCUUCUUCCCUAUUCUUGUGUGUGUAUGUGUGCAUGCUUGGUUGGUUUUUCUGUUUUUGGUUCAGUGAGGAAAGUCAGCUUCUAACUACGUACACUUACGAAAACAUAACUUCCUGACACCACCACUACACACUAUCACACAUGAAGCAUGAAAGCACUCCUUUUCCUUUAUUUGGCUUUCCUUCCCGACAAAACCAAUUCCAACUCACUGAGCAUGGAAGAACACAUGGCAGAAGCCUAAGCAGGCUAGAGAAAGGCAGCACCAACCAGGGAAGCAUGCUCAGUACCAAGGCAGGAGUUUCCAAUCAUCCUGACCUAUGUGCAGCUGAGCCUCCUCUCCAUCCCACACAAGCAGCCUUCUGUGUUACAACGUCCUGGUUGGGUUGGGGGAAGUGGGCUUGUGCCUAUCCUGUUUCUCACCUCUGUCCAUAUCUUAACCCUAAAAGGAACAAACAAAUGGUAUAAUUACAUACCAAAUAAGAACUUAACCAUACAUGCACCAGGGAGUCUUGUGUACUUCAUUUAUAACAUGAUUUGGACAUCCCUUAUUCUACAUUCUUAAUCACCACUGUCCUGAAAGCCCCUCAAUUCCCUUUCUUAUUUAAUGUUGCCAAAGCCCUUCUACUUAAAAUAUUUCACUCAGGCCUCAGUCAGAAAGGAUGAUGGGGAGGGGACUUUCCUAGACUAGGACCAGGGAAACCCUCCUGACCUUUGCCAGUGAGGAAAGCAAAAAUUCAAAUAAAAUGUUAAUUUCUAGUUUCUGUCUUCAUGUGUGGAGUUGGGAGCAGCACACUACUGGUGACCCGAGACCCCUUGUACCUCAGUCAUCCCAGUCACACGUUAGUUAACUCUACAAUGUACAGAGGUCAAAAACAGAAAGAGUGAAGGUUUUUGCUUAAGCAUUUUAAAUGCAAAUAAAAACCUUUAUACAUUCGCAAGUUCUCAUACAUUCACAAGUUCUCAUACUCAUACGCUGGCACCCAGUUUUGCUCAUAUUUGAGAUGAGGGCAUACUGGACUGCAAGAUCUCUGCAUGGUGACAACAUGAAAUAUUCAAUAAAAGUAACUUCCACACAUCACUGAAAACUACAUACAAGCAGUUAACAUGUGUAUGUUUACAUUCUGAUGGCUGAAGAGUGACCAGUACUGAGAUCUCCUCAGAACCAGGAGGAGGAACAUGUUGGGAGAACCCUUUAGAGAGACCAGCACUGAGGUCUCCUCAGAACCAUAAGGAAUGUGUUUGGGAGGACCCUUUCUGGCACACUUUCUGCAAAUUUGAUUAAGGUUAUUAAGGUCAGAGACUACUGUCUGGGCAGAAAACUCUGAAAUAAAGCACCUGUGGGUUUCCCCAUGUGAGACAUCUGCAAGACACCAGGCUAAGGAUACAAUAAUAAUAGGAACUCAAGACACAGGAAGAGACUAAAAUGACAGUGCUAAAGAUUUACUACCUUUUGACCAUUGUUUCAUCAAUCCAAGAACUCCAGCGACUGAGUGUGAUUAAAUAAAACUCUGAAUUACU